UCUCCUGCAACUCUUAUCUCUUGUGAUCUAGUGCAUGUCACUGUAGGUUGAGUGAUCACUCUUCAAUGUGUAAAGUUUGAUUGUUAAGAACUUUAAAGAGUGACAGUAGUUGUUUAGCAAGUGAAAGUUGAGUGAUUAAUUAGAAUUUUAUGUAUAAAAAUUAGAAAAGAGGAAAGCAGAAAAGGGGUUCUAUUAGAAGUUGUGGUGAUACUGAUACUAGUUUUUCAAAUUGUGAUCUUAAACAUCAUGGCAAGAUUCCAAGAGAGAAUCGACCAUGUGAUACUUGUGGGGAUGCUCGCAAUGCAAGCCUUCUAGAAACUUGUUUCAUUUGCAAGGUUUCUAAAGAGCAUAUCUAUUGCAUGGGCUUUGGAAGGAAGAUGCCUGAACGUCCAGAAAAAUGGUCUUGUGCAGCAUGUUCUAAGAGUGAAAUCAUGACCAGUGUGCAACUUCCGCGUAAAACAUCUGAAAAUCUUCAAACGAAGUUAGGUUCACGUCUCAUUUCUGCUGCACGUUCAUCGCGUUCAUCAAGAGAUUAUAUAAAGGAGGUUCAGACAGGAAAGGUAAAAUACCUUGAUGUUGCAGAUGCCGUUAAGCUAUCAAGCGGAGAGGCAGCUGCUACGGCCAGGAUGGGCUCACAGACUGGUUCUUCUAGAAACCUGAAUCAUAUAACCUCAAGAAAAUAUCCUGCUUCUGUGUCUGAAGCGUCAAAGAGGUUUUCCACAAGUCCGUUACCCUCACAACAUGCAUCACCUCCUGGAUAUUUUAGUUUUUCAGUACCUACUAGGGGACAACCUAGCACUAAACACCCACAAGUUAUUAAGUCUUCUCUACACUCACAUGCGGGGAAACCGAAAAUAAGAGAUUCUGAUGCCGAGUCUGAAACGUUGAAGAGGUUUUCCACAAGUACGUUACCCUCACAACAUACAUCACCUCCUGGGUAUUUUAGUUUUUCAGUACCUACUAGGGGACAACCUCGCAUUACACAGCCACAAGUUAUCAAGACUUCUCUACACUCACAUGCGGGGAAACCUAAAAUUAGAGAUUCUGAUGCCGAAACACAGCAUUUUCCAUCAAAUUGGUCCCGACCUAUCGAAAGUGUUGCAAAAGAUAAGCAUAAAGUGACAGAAUUGUUAAGAAAAAACAAGCCAGGCACUGAGGUUGUUAAGCCACCAGUUAAAAAGCAUGUUCUAUGGGAAGAGGAAUUUCACGCAUCUCCCCCACCUGCUAAACCAGUUGGAAGCUCAAAGCAUGUAAAUUCACCAUCUCAAGAGUUUGUUCUACGGGAAGAGGAACCAUUUCACGUAUCUCUCCCACCUGCUAAACCAGUUGGAAGCUCAAAGCAUGUUGAGUCACCAGUUGGAGAGUUUGAUCUACCUGAACAGGAAUCAGUUCACGUUUCUUCUCCACCUGCCAAAGAAGUUGAAUGUUCAAAGGAUGGAUCUUCAUCUAAGGAAUAUGAGAUGUUUGAGAAGGGGCUUCCGGACCAUCUUUCUAUAAGUGCCACAUGGAAGGGAAGCUUUGAGAUCAUGGGCACAACUCUUAUGGAUGGGUCAUACGAAGGAUUACAGGCCCAUCCCCCUCGAAAGGUUCAUGUAAAAGCAGCCAAGGUUUUUAAGGAAAUACCUAGACUGCUGCAAUUUAAGCUGCAUCCUCGUAGCGAUGUUUGUGUUGAGAAUUUUAAUAGAUUAUGUCCUACUAAGGAUGAUAUUGCCCUUUAUUUUCUCCCUGGAGAUGAUGAGAGAUCCACAAAGAACUAUCAUAUCCUUUCUGAUUUUAUCGUAUCGAGGGAUUUGACCAUGCGGAGCUGCUUGAAUGAUGUCGAGUUGCUGAUAUUUACCUCAAAAAAGUUGCCUGCGGAUUGUCAGAAAAUUAAUUCGAAGUUCUAUCUAUGUGGAGUUUUUCGAUCUGUGAAGAAGCACCGUCCUUCUCCAGAACCUUCAGCAAAGAGUCUCCCAAACAACUAUGAUUCUGAUGUUGACCAACCGAAGCACCGUCCUUCUAGCAAGCCUUCAGAGAUGCGUCAGCACAAAGGGAAAAACUAUUCCCAAUGCAACAACUAUGACUCUGAUGCUGACCGAGUGAAGCACCAUCCUUCUUCAAAAGCUUCAGAGAAACGUCAGCAGGAAGACAAAGACUAUUCCCCGUGCAACAACUAUGACUCUAAUGCUGACAGAGUGAAACACCAUCCUUCCACAAAACCUUCAGAGAAGUGUCAGCACAGAGACAAAGACUACUCCCCGUGCAACAACAACGACUUUGAUGCUGACCGAGAGAAGCACCAUCCUUCCACCAAACCAUCAGAAAAGAGUCGGUUGAAAGACAAGAACCACGAUACUGAUGUUGACAUACUGAGUAUCAUCAGAAGAGACUCAAUGGGAACCGAUAUGGACAUCGACAUGGUGGGAGGAAAAGAUGUCGGGAAAACAGACGAAGUCGUCCUGAAAUCAAAUUGUGUGGAGAAAAGGGUGCAGUUUGAUGUAGAAAGUACGAAAAAAGUGUGUUCGAAUGUAAUAAAUGCAUCCAAGAGGUCUGACAAUUCAGCAAAACAGCCUAUAUCAACAAUCAAAAAAGAGCAACCUCAAUGUGAUGCUCCUCCUGGAUUCGCGAGUUCAGCUACUGCUGAUGCUGCUAUCCUGGAACCUCCUGGAUUCUCAAGACCAACUACUGCUGAUGCUGCUAUCCUAAAACCUCCUCCUGGAUUCUCGAGACCAGCUACUGCUGACGCUGCUAUCUUGGAACCUCCUCCUGGGUUCUCGAGACCAGCUACUGCUGAUGCUGCUAUCUUGGAACCUCCUCCUGGGUUCUCGAGACCAACUACUGCUGAUGCUGCUGUCUUGGAACCUCCUCCUGGGUUCUCGAGACCAACUACCGCUGAUGCUGCUAUGUCGGAAACUCCUCCUGCAUUCUCGAGACAAGCUAUACAGGCAGCUUUGUUGGAACCUCCUUUUGGUUUCACCAAGCCUGCCAAUGAUUUAAGCUCCUUGAAAAGAAAGCGGAUUAGUUUGGACGCUUCGACAAGCGACUACUUUCAAGUCUCCCCUGUUCAGCGUCAGAAACACAUACAAGUUUCAGAUUCUCAAGAGUUUUACUCACAAAAUCAUCAGCAGGUCAUCGAUCAUUGCCUUGAAACGCAAUCGGCCAGCAUAGAUCAUAAGCCAGCUGCAGAAAAGGAGAAGAGUUCUGAAUGCAAGAUAGAUGGGUCACCUAGUAGGAUCAACGGAAUCUUGAACAAAGUCCCCAAAAAAGAAGAUGACUGUUCUGAUAGUUUGAUGCUGACUCUCCGGUUCGAUGAUGAAGUAGGGGGAUGGCAAGCACAUUGAUAAGUAAAAUAAGUAAAACACAGAGAGCCAGGUACA